CAAUGAAGUUGUGGACUAUGUAAAAAGUGAAAAUGAGGUUAGCCAUGUAAACAAAGUUGUAGACCAAAAAAGCAUAAUGUCUACAACCGAGGAAGUUGUGGACAAGACUUUUCCCAAAGGCAAGGUUCACCAAAUUAAUACAGCCGAAAGCGAAAGUUGUAAAGUUGUAAAAAGCUCCGAAGAAACAAUUUUACUACCACCAAAAUUUUUACAACUAGAAGAACGAAUUAAACAAUUAGAAGCUGAACUGGUUCAAGAACAAAAAGAGAAAAAACAAUGA